CAGAAAUGCGAAUCAACAUGAUUCGAUAUGAUAAUCCAAUAAUACUCAUACAAUUUUAUUCAGAUCAAAAUAAUUUAAUUCAUCAGACAGCCUGCACCAUAUCUGCCAAGUCACUGCUCCUUGACAACUAGCUGAUGAAAAUUUCCGUUGCAACACGUGCUUCUUAUGAACGAUGGAAGUACCACAGCCUUUUUCACCCAACCUUCAGUCCCCGAGUUUCCUAGUGCAGCCCCCUCAGCCUUCACUCUCCACAAGCAGCUACAAUCUGCCACCACAAAAUGCCGUUUCCGUCGCUUCCCAGGAAGACCCCCUGUCCCCCAUGGAAAAAGCGCGCCGUGAAGAACGCGCCCGUGACCCUUUCUUUCGCGCAUAUGACAACAUCCGUGCGCAUGUCUACGCUAAUCUCAGCCCUGAAGACCAGUCAUACCUGGCGGAACUGUCGGUUGCGGAUGCUCUCAGCACCCAACCUUUGAAGAAAGCUGCCAGUCGACCCGACAAUGACCUGGAUGACCUGACCGCCUACAUCCAGGGCCAGCUGCAGGGCAAAGAUGGGCGGGAUCGUGAACGGUCCGCCCAUUUGGUUCCCGUGCCGUUGCGGUACCGAUUGAAACCGGUGCCGUUUGAAGAAUUCGAUGCAACCAAGAAGAACGAAAAGAAAAAGGUCACCGAUAAAACAGUGCUAUUCAACUACCAGUUUCCGGAUGAGAACUGGAAACGGGACAAAUACCUGCUGGAUGAGUUUAUGGGUCGUGGCUCGCACGCACCUCCGCGAAUGCAGUUAGAUGAACUGUUGCAGAAAAGGAUGAACGAAACCGUCACCGUAAAUGAGGCAACAGAGUCGGAAGAUUUUCCCUUUCGGAGAAUAUUUCCUGAGGACCCUGCGUGGAAAUUAACUCCUAUUGAACGAUUAUCAGAAACUUGCUUGAAGAUUAUCCAAAAUAAUUUUCAUGACAUGCCGUACCAAAUGGCAGCACUUCCCACCGAACUGCAGCAGCGCUUCAUUGCCGAUUUACCUGUCGCCAGCGAAAUCAAUUUAUACUUAGCGGCCGAUUAUUUUCACAAUGAGAACUAUUGGGAAAGGUCAUGUAGAGCCCGCUGGGGAUCUGCUGCGCACUGUCACACGCAUGGCAGCUGGAAGCUGACCUACAUCGAGCGGGGCUUUCAGGAGUUAAUAGAGAACUACGUCCCUCUUCAGUCCGAUCCGAAUCUCUUGCUCAAUGACCUUUUAAACAUCGGGGAAUACGUACUGCAGCUGCGCAUCGAGCAGCUGCUGCCACCGGUGCGACAUACCUUUGGCAACUUUGCAGCCAUGAUUGACGCACAGUUGACGAAGCAUAUUAACUUCACGGAACCGGUGGACGAAAGUCAAGUGGAUCCGGAAACGCAUCGACGCGAUAGUUCCGUCUUGCAGCAGAUUCCCAUGGCAGAAGAAGUCAAAAAGUAUGUACAGGGCAAUAAACAGUUUCCGGCUGUACAGAAGACUCCGUGGUCCGAUAAGGCCAAGAUUAAAUUUCAACGGCUGCUUAACCGCGAACUGGAUCUGAAUAGCGGAAUCGACGAGGGAGACAGGGUUUUAUUGGAUAUAACGCGGGAGCUUGAUGAUACGCCAGCUCAUCCGCGGACGAUGAACCCAUUCCUGGCCGCUGACCAUAUCAACCUUGUACCUGUUGUAGCUAACAUGCCUCACUUGAUGGACCUCCAACUGCGAUACGGAAUCGUCGAAUGCGGGAUGAAUUUCAGUUGGCGUCUGUAUCAAUUCACACUGAACGAUGCCCGCCGCUUAGCGGAAGCCCUGGUGAUCUGUGCGUCCCUUCGCCGGCUGUGUUUGGCCUACUGCAACAUCAACGACGCCAAGGGUGCCAUUGUCUGCUCAGCCCUGCUGGACCAUCCCAAUCUGGCCAUAUUGGAGCUGCAGUGCAACAAACUCGGCAAUGACACGGCGGCCGUGAUAGCGCGGAUGAUUAAACGCAGUGAAGUUCUGAACAAAGUGGAUCUGAGUGAGAACCAAGUUGGGGUCGACGGCGCCAAGGCCUUAGCACGCGCAUUGGUUCGUGGAGUGUCGCUGAGAAUUUUGAACUUGCACUUCAAUGAGAUUGGUGAUCUUGGUGCGGAGGCGCUGUUUUUAGUGCUAAAGAGCUGUAUUACGUUUCUACAGCAGCUGAUGAUCAGCGGUAACAAAAUUUCGGGGGCUGUUGUUGACCUUUUGACGGAUGCCAUGAAAGUCAACCGAAAACUGGAAAAAUAUGACCUUUCAGUUAACGAGCUCGAAGGAGUCACUGUGGCGCGAAAGAUUCAGGAAGCCCUAGCGCAGAGCCAUCAUAUUCAAGAAUUCAGUAUCCGGGAGAACUUAUUCUCAGCUGACUUUGAAACGUGCAUCCAAGAAAUUAUUGCGCGUAAUCAGGACGCCCGACAAGAACAAAUCCUUGUGGAACUGGAGCAUACAUUUGAUUUCAACAUCAAACAUAUCAAAUUCCCGUCGGAAGAACAAGUCAAGCGUAACAGUGACGAAGAUUCUUCCAGCUCAGAAGAAAGUUAAUUUUAUAGACUAACGAAAAUGUGACACGGCUGGCUUUUUUGAUGAGGUUAAUAUUUCUUGUAUUACCAAAGCGAAUUUGUUCGCGAAAUUUAAGUCACCAAUUGUGCAUUUAUUAUAUCUUUACACAGUGCAGUAACUCUUUAUAAGCGCAAAGCAGUCUCUUUAUUGCAAUAAUCACGUCAUAAUGUACAAGCUAAGAAUUUGUUAUUCCUGAACUGCGUCAAACACAAGUAUCUUCAAUAGUUCCCUGACAGGGAAAUGCUA